AUGGAUAACAGAGUCAGCGAGCUUCAGAAUCACACUAAUGCCCUUGAAGAAUCUAAGGAGCCAACAAAACAAGCCUUGACCCCAACGGAUGAUGCUGGUGAAAUUGAUGCUGUGCGAAAGGUUGAAGAAGCUACCACGCCUUCCAUGGCCGCUCAGCAGGGUGUGCAGAGCGUCGAGGCAGUUACCUUGACAUGGACCAAGUCUUCACUGAUCCUGGCCUUCGUUUGCAUGUGGUCGCUCUACCUCGUCAAUGCUUUCCAAGGAUCCAUUACCGGGAACCUCACACCCUUCGUUACGAGCUCCUUUGAAGAGCACUCGCUUCUGACAGUCAUUUACAUUGUGAGCAAUUCCAUGACUGCUGCUGUCUACAUUCCAAUGGCCAAGAUCCUCGAUAUUUGGGGCAGGGCCGAGGGCUUCUUGACAAUGGCUGGAAUCUCAACGCUGGGACUUGUACUCAUGGCCGUCUGCACAAAUUUGUCGACCUUCUGCGCGGCUCAAGUCUUCUAUAGCAUUGGCUUUUCAGGCAUGAUCUACUGUAUCGAUGUCAUCACGGCCGACGCUUCAAGUCUGAAGCACCGAGGACUGGCUUUCGCUUUCACCUCCUCGCCAUAUAUCAUCAGCGCCUUUGCGGGUCCAAAGGCGGCAGAAAGCUUCUACGAGCAGAUCAGCUGGAGAUGGGCUUUUGGAUGCUUCUCGAUCAUUCUACCCUUCGUCGCUCUACCACUUUUCAUCCUGCUCAAGUUCAACCUCCGCAAAGCUAAGCAGCAGGGCAUGUUGAUCGAGGAAGACACCAAGAGGAAUCUGGUACAGAGCAUCUUGCACUAUUUUCGGGAGUUCGAUGCUAUCGGUGUAGUCCUUCUUGCGGCGGGUAUGGUCACUUUCCUGCUCCCAUUCACCCUUGCGGACUCCGCGCCUUCAGGCUGGCGCUCAAGCUACAUCAUCGCUAUGCUCCCAGUUGGCUUCGCGUUAUUGUUGCUCUUUGGAGUCCACGAACGCUACCUCGCCGAGCGGCCCUUCAUACCGUUUAACAUGUUGACAAAUCGCUCCGUAGCUGGUGGCUGCCUCCUCGCUGGAACGUACCAGGUUGCGUACUACUGCUGGAAUUCCUAUUUUACCUCAUUUCUCCAGGUUGUCACGGACCUCACCAUUGCUGAAGCGGGCUACGUCAGCAGCACUUUUGACGUGGUUUCGGGUUUGCUCCUCCUGUUCGUCGGCCUGGUGAUCUCGAAGACAGGCUACUUCCGCUGGCUGCUCUUCAUCGCCGUGCCGCUCUACAUCUUCGGUCAGGGCCUCAUGAUCCACUUCCGCCACGCCGGUACCAGCGUCGGCUACCUGGUAAUGUGCCAGAUCUUUAUCGCCAUCGGCGGCAGUAUCAUCAUCCUGUGCGAGCAGAUCGCCGUCAUGGCGGCAGUGGAGCACCAGCAGAUCGCAUCGGUGCUCGCCUUGCUCAGCCUGACUGGCUGGCUGGGUGGUGCCAUUGGCAAUACUAUCUCCGGAGCUAUCUGGACGAACUCGUUCCCGCAGGCGCUUGCGAGCCUACUGCCGGAGGACGCCCUGCCCGACUUGGACGAUAUCUACGGCUCGCUGGACGUGCAGCUCAGUUACGCCGUUGGCACGCCGACGAGAGAGGCCAUUCAGCAGGCUUACGGCGUGGCUCAGAAGAGGAUGCUGAUUGCAGGCACAUCGAUCAUGGGGCUGGCACUGCUUUGGAUCUUGUUGAUCAAGAACUUUGAUGUGAGCAAGAUACAUCAGGUCAAGGGACGGGUGUUCUAG